AUGAUACUGAUAACUGGAAAUGAUUCUCGACCACAAUCUUUAGUAAUUAGCGAUUUUAAUAAAGAUGGUCUAAUGGAUAUUGGGGUCGUUAAUUCACGUACCUACAAUAUUGGUAUUUUUCUUGGAUAUGGAGAUAUCUCUUUUGCCAAUCAAGUGACAUAUUCAACUGGCCUGCAUUCAUCUCCAUGCUCUAUGGCUGUCGGUGAUUUCAACAAUGAUACUCGAGUGGAUAUCGUCUUUGCUAGUUGUGAGUCUGACAGUAUUGGUAUUAUUCUUGGACGUGGGAAUGGCUCUUUUGGAAAUCUGAUAAUCUAUUCAACAAACUUCAAUUCGUCUCGAUACUCUUUAGCUGUUGAAGACAUUAACAAUGAUACUAUACUAGAUAUUGUCGUCGCGAUUCAUGAUACCAAUUAUCUAGGUGUACUUCUUGGGCAAGGCAACGGCACAUUUGCAAGUAUCAUCUUAUUUCCAUUGGAGUAUGGAUCCCAUCCAUUCUCUAUUGUCAUUGGCGAUUUCAACAAUGACAGAAAACUAGAUUUUGCCGUCGCUAAUAAUGUUACUGACAGUUUAAAUAUUUUCUUGCAGACUUGUUAGUUUUUCUAUCUCGUACUUUAUAUUUUUCUAUCAUUGACUUAUUUUGUAUGCUUUCAUAUCGAGUAGAACCAUAGUUUAAAUAUUCAAAUGAUUUUUUGAUGGCAAAAGAUGAGUGGGAAAAGGGUGUGGGUGUGCAUGGGGAUGUCUGUGUGGAUGUGGGCACUGGGUUGAGAAUAAUACACCCGCACCCAAAUCAUGUCGAUCAACUCUCUUUCCCCUACGAUACCUAUUCGUUCAACGAGAUCAUUCAGUGUAUGUGUCUACACUGUAGAAAUCAUCGUGUGACGAAGUGGGUGGAACGUGCAAACAAGGCAUUGUCGUGGCUGGUGGUCAAGAAGAAGGAAAUGAAUGGUGGGUGUGGGUGUGGGUGUGGGUGUGAGUGUGGUUAUGAGUGUGGGUGUGGGUGUGGGUGUGGGUGUUCUCCAAUCGCACCCAAACCCACCCCCUACACCCACACCAACACCCGCACCCACACCCACACCCGCACCCACACCCACCCACACCCACACCCACACCCACACCCACACACCCACACCCACAACCCACAUCUUGCCUCUGUAUGAAUGAUUUUCACUUUUUUUUUUUUACAAUUAGACAUUAAAUGGUGUUGAUCUAAGUAAAGUU